AGACAGCUGACAGUUGUAUCGCUUCCGUUUAUUCGUCUCCUUCUUUCUUUCUUUUCUUUCUUUGACAAACAAGAAUCGUCAAGAUGGUCAAUGUGCCGAAACAGCGACGCACCUUUUGCAAAAAAUGCAAGUGCCACAAGCCACACAAGGUGACACAAUACAAGAAGUCCAAGGAGCGUAAAGGUGCACAGGGUCGACGUCGUUACGACAGAAAACAACAAGGUUUCGGUGGUCAAACCAAGCCCAUCUUCAGGAAGAAGGCCAAGACUACCAAAAAGAUUGUAUUGCGUAUGGAAUGCACAGAAUGCAAGUACCGCAAGCAGACACCGCUGAAGCGUUGCAAGCACUUCGAGUUGGGUGGUGACAAGAAGAGGAAGGGACAGAUGAUUCAAUUCUAGGUUACUCGCCCAAAUUUCCACGCUAACAUUUACUUUUAUUUUGUUUUGCUGUUUGCUGUCAGUGCAAAUAUUCGGAGCGUACUGCUUGAUUAAAUGGCAUAGCUACCAAGUCAUUUGUGAAGAAAAUGAAAACAGUGUUUUUUAUUUAAACAUUGAAUUAAAAGAAAAUUCAACCGAAA